CAUUUGAGCACGUUUCACAUUUUUCUCAACAGUCUCUCAGUGUUUGCGUUUGCCCAAAUCUCUCAUAAAUCAGUUUGCACGGUCGCGUGCCAGCUUCCGUCGAACCCCCUCCCUAGGGCACAACAACAGCGAUACUCCACCACCCCUCAAAUUCAUGCUCCUCCGUGUUCUUCCUCUCAAUCUCUCUCUCUUUCUCUCGCCGAUUCAAGCUCUCCAUUAGUAACUUGCUCUCACACUCACGGUAUUGUAUGUGGUAGGAUUCGCGGAUUCUGAAAGCUUAUCUUGGGAUGAAGGAAAUCAAGGGGCUAAUGAGCUUCGUGGCAGGGGUGAAAAAUGCACAGGAAAUUGCUGCAUAAGUUUAAGGGAAUUAUUGUAUAGUCUCUUGCUACUGUUGUAGACUGUUGAAUAAUACUCAUGGCUGGACUUCUGCCAUUUGAGUCGACACAUCAUAGAAUAUCUGAUAGCGGGUCCUCAAUGAGUUCUCAAGAAAAUCAAGAUGAAGGAGGUCGUUGGUAUAUGUCCAGAAAGGAAAUUGAAGAAAAUUCCCCAUCAAGAAGGGAUGGUAUUGACUUGAAGAAGGAGACUUAUUUACGGAAGUCAUACUGCACAUUUUUGCAAGAUCUGGGCAUGAGGCUCAAAGUGCCCCAAGUAACGAUAGCCACAGCUAUAAUAUUCUGUCAUCGAUUCUUUCUUCGACAGUCCCAUGCAAAGAAUGACAGAAGGAUCAUUGCAACAGUCUGUAUGUUCCUCGCUGGGAAGGUUGAAGAGACGCCUCGCCCACUAAAGGAUGUUAUCAUUGUUUCUUAUGAAAUUAUUCACAUGAAAAAUCCUGCUGCAGCCCAGAGGAUCAAACAGAAGGAAGUUUAUGAGCAACAAAAGGAGUUAAUUUUACUUGGUGAGAGAGUUGUGCUCGGGACCUUAGCUUUUGACCUGAAUAUUCAUCACCCUUACAAGCCACUUGUUGAAGCAAUAAAAAAAUUUAAGGUUGCCCAGAACGCACUAGCUCAAGUUGCAUGGAAUUUUGUCAAUGAUGGGUUGAGGACGUCACUCUGUCUGCAGUUUAAGCCCCAUCAUAUUGCAGCAGGUGCCAUUUUUCUUGCUGCCAAGUUUCUUAAGGUGAAGCUUCCAUCCGAUGGUGAGAAGGUUUGGUGGCAAGAAUUUGACGUGACCCCUCGCCAAUUGGAGGAGGUCAGCAAUCAAAUGCUAGAACUAUACGAGCAAAAUCGGGUGCCACCAGCUCAGGGAAGUGAAGUAGAUGGAAGUACUGGUGCGGGUCCAAGUCAUCCUAAUGUAGCAAAAACCACAGCUGCUACUGAGGAACAGACUUCAAAGCAAGUAUCUUCUUGUUCAGCACCCGACCAUUCAUAUGCAGAUAGUCAUGGGGUACCUCAAAGAGCUGCCCAGAAUCUUGGCAAGAACAAUGGGACAGCUACGGAGGGGGGUAGUGUCAUUACUGGACACAAGGUGGACCCAGAAUUGACAGACAGUCAUCAUACUGAUGAAGUGACCUACAAGGAUAAUAGCAGAGAUAUUUCAGACCGAACGAGGUCUGUAGUUGAACACGUUGGAGAAGAGAGAGAAAAGAAUAAUAGUAAAAGUGAGAAUGCGGAAGCAGGAGAACGGAGGGACAAUGGUGUAUCUCACAAGUGUAGCAGUAUUGUUGGUCGAAACGCUGAGGUUCGGGAAGGUCCCAUUGGGCAGUCGCCCAAAGAAGCUAUCAAAAUGAUUGAUAGAGACAAGGUCAAGGCAGCACUUGAGAAAAGAAGAAAAUCACGUGGAGAGAUGUCCAGGAAGAAAGAUGUGAUGGAUGAAGAUGAUCUCAUUGAGAGAGAGCUGGAAGAUGGUAUAGAAUUGGCGGCAGAGGAUGAGAAAAACAGGCGGGAGAGGGGGCAAAGCUGGUCUAAGGUUGAUAACCAAGAUGAUGGGAAGGUCUGCGAGGAAUCUUUAAGUGCGCAUCAUUCAGGAACCAAGACCCACACUUCACGGGGGACCAAAGUAGAGAAUGUAGUUGAAGAAGGAGAGAUGUUAGAUGAUGCUUCCCCAGCUUUGAAUAGCCGCAAGAGAAAGGCUGGGAGGUCCCCUGAUUGGCACUCCGAGGGAAAGAAGUGGAACGAUUCGAUGUCUAAUAACCAUCAUCAUGCUGUGGAAGAUGGUAACUGCAAGAAUCGAUCGGUUUAUGCAGACAGGGAGAUCAAAAGACAUGCCCAUGGGAAUCACUUAUAAGUCGUCGUCGUCAAGGAUUCAGAUCUGUUAUAUUGUAGCAUAGCAUGCGUGACCUGGGUAGUCCAAGUACUGAACCAGAUCAUUGCAGUGAAGAGAAUACCGGUGCCACGGAGCCAUGCAUCAUAAAAUACAGGAACUAUGGAUGGAUGCUUCACCUGGCAAUCCUGCAAACAUGCAUACUUACCACUAAUAUGCUUCUUCAGUACAUAAAAAAGCUAAUUUGCUUGGCCGAGAUGAAAUUUACGUAGCACGAACAUAAGCUUGCUUCCGCCAUUUUUCGUGCAAGGAAGCCACGAGGACUGUAAUUUUGGUCGUAAUUAAUAUUAUGUUUCUGCUGUACUUUAGGAUCGUUAUAAUAUGCUUUUACCUUAGGAGUUAUAAAUGUAAUUUGGUUUACAGUAUUCGUAUGUAAUUUCGGUCUAGGAUUCAAUUGUAUCUCUCUCAGUCCGUUGAGCUUUCGGCCAGUAUAUCGCCCGAAGUUGGAGGAAAGAAAGGUGGAAAAAUGUAAUGCAUGUCGGGAAUUGUCCUCGUGAAUUUUGGUGAUGGUAACUGUGUAAACUCAACAGGCAAGUUUUAUGUUCCAAAAUAUGUUGGAAUGUUUGUCCAUAUAACAAGGCAAAAUUACUGUGUUCUAAGCUUUUAUAUAUGUUCAUAUGAGCAGCUAACAUGGUUGAUACCUGAAAGGUACUCUUAUGAUAA